AUGCUAGAUCUUCAGUUGCUUUCACAGGCGAUUGAUGUGCACUUGGAGCAGAAUCAGGAUCUUGGGAUGGACUUCUUGAUCCAAGCAGAUAUUUGGAGUGUCGGAGCGAUAGCAUUUCUUCUCCUUUGUGGGUAUCCACCUUUCUUCGCACCAUGUCGCUCUGCCAUCAUUUCGCGUGUGGAGAAGAUCGAGUUUUCCUUCGAUCCGCCCUUCUGGUCCAAGAUCUCAGAAGAGGCCAAGGAUUUUGUUCAAAGAUGCUUGCGCGGAGCUCCAAGCCAGCGGCUGAAUGUAGAGGAGGCUUUACAGCAUCCUUGGAUCCAUAAGUUGGCUGACACAGCACCUUCGGGACCGAUGCUGCCAUCCUUCGCUCUGAACCUUCGCCGCUUUUACAGGACAUCAAUCAUUGAGGUGCUGGUGGCAAGGAGCUUGGCCAAACAUUUGAGCUACAAAGCCUCUUUGGAGCUCCAGCUUGAGUGCGAACAAGCAGACAAGAUGAAGUGCGGCUUUCUCACCUCAGCUGAUUUGCGCCAGGUGUUGCAAGCAUCUGGCCACUCUGACAUUGUAGAAGCUAUUGGAUCGUGCUUUGCACGGCACUUGAAACACGCAGGGGAGUCGUACCUUGACUACAAUGCCUUGUUUGACUCUGUGCGGCUUCGUCGGGAAGCUCUGUUGGAGGAGGAAAUAUGGCAAGCAUUUGUGAAGCAUGCCACUGCCUUGCACUCAGCUCUUGCACAUGCUAUUUGGCCGACUCCUUGCACAGCUUCCCAACUGCAAUGCGAGGAUCAAGAAAUUUCAACUGAUCGGGAAUUCCACCGAUCUGACCUGGAGACAUUUUUCGAGGCCCGAACUCUCGAUUCAGCAACCCUGAGAUUACCUCGAAGCCACUUAUGGCAGAAGCAACUAGUGGAAAUACCAGCCACCUUUGUGAAAGAAGCUUGCCUUCCUACUAGUGGAAAUACUAGUGCACUCUUCAGAGGCCUACCUAUUCAAACUUCCCGGCCCGACUACGGUAAGAACAUACACAACAUACACAAUCAUACACACUAUGUCAUAGUCUCCCCCGUCAAUGAAUGUGUGCGUUUGCCUGCCAGCUCUUGUUUCCAGUUUGCCGGCUUCCCUAGCCUAAGCAUGCCAUUGCGAUGA